GCCACCAACUAUUCUUGAAAGACGGAUCCGUUCUCGUCGAACCGAAUGAAUGGUCCAGAGCGUCUAGCAAGUGGGCACACCUGCCAUCGGUGGUUUGUCAUCAUGUCUGAGACCAACCUGCGCCGGUAUCAAGUUGCGUAGACGAGAGCAAGUAAGACUUUGGUAAACAAUGCAGCAGUCAAAGCCCACUACAUCAACGAGGCAAGAAAUCGACUUGGCAUCAGGCAAAAGAAUCAUCCCACUCCCUCCCGGGAAGAGCGCAAACGAGCUAGCUUGCCAGGCUUCAAGGAUAAAAGGCCAGCUUACUCUCUUGGGCCUGCUUCACUCCCUGCCUUCGUCCCAUAUUUACCCUGCUUUAUCUUUACAUCGGUAUACGUGUCCUUGAUUGGCCCGAGAUGGUCAUCAGCAACGAGACCUUGCCAUCGCAGCCCGGCCGCUUCCCCUUGAUUUCGCCGGUGACCGCCACAAAAGGCGAGGAGGAUGACUUUGCGCCGAUCCUUCGUCUUCCCCCCACCCCACCGCUGUCCGAUCAUGGCUCCUCGGCGCGCGAGCUAGGCCAUCCUCGACGUAGGUCCUGGUGGGGCGGAGGCGAGAACGAGGACAUGCCGAAUAUCGCAGAGAGUAUCCGUCGGCUGCAAAAGCAGGUGCGGACGGUCAAGCGCAAAAUCUGGAGGCCCACCGACGAAGAAGCUCGGCGACCCGACGACUGGGAAAGGCUGGCUAUUCACGUCAUCAGGAGUGGACUUCGAGGCUUUAAUUUCACUUACACACUCAACGGCACGACCAGCUUGGCCUUGGCAUUGGUCGCUGCUUUUCGUAAGAGGAGACUGGUUCUCAUGGCCAUUGUCAAGAGUGCCUUUGGACCCAAGAAUAUCCGCCUGAGCCUCGUCUUUGGCGUUUGGGUCGCCCUCUACAAGGCUGUCCUCCACUCGUUGCGCCUCGUCACGCCGAUUUCGACCAAUCAUGACGCGGAUCACAGCGGCACGAGUACGCCUCUGUACGAGAAAGAGAGUCUGGAGGACAAGGCGGCAUUACGCGAUACUGCCCGAUGGAAGCGAGACCCAAAGAGCAGGAUAUGGCACGCCUACCUCGCUGGUGCCAUCAGCGGGGCGGCUAUUCUCGUCGAGCGCAAUCCUGCUGAGCGCGUUGGCUUGGCGCAGCAGCUCUUCGUCCGAGGCCUUGAGGGUACCUACAACCUCGCCCACGAUCGUGGCCUCGUGAACAUUCCUCUUGGCUCUACGCUGGUUUUCGGCUUAGCAUGCGGCCAGAUUAUGUACGCUUAUCUGAAUCAGCCAGAAACUCUUCCUCACGGCUACUACACCUGGAUUAAAGGCGCUGCGCAGCAGACGCCCACCAUGCUCAAGGUCCAUCGCGCCGUGCAGAACGGGCAAAGAGUCGCCGUCGAAGACCUUCUGGAGAUGUUUCCCAACAAGACGAUUCCCGAACCUGCUGCCAACGGUCGGUAUCCUGCCGUCGCAGCGAAUGGCAACAACCUGAAGGGCAUCACAGGCUCGAACGUGGCAAAGAUUGUCACCUAUCUCGAAAGCGCCAAGCGCGGCGACAGACUUGCCUACGUCCCUUCUGCAAUCGCCCAGCCGUGGGAGGAUCGGCCCUGGCUGAGCCCUGUCUCGCGGUUUCUCAGCGUCUCGUGGCGCAUCCUGCCUGUAUAUGCGACGCUGUACUUUGUCCCCGCAAUCUUUUUGCGCAUGCGCUCGUUCCGUCGUAGCCCUCUCAAAGUCGCCGCCCGAUCCCUUGUUGGAUCUCUUCGCUCCUCGUCAUUUUUGGGCUUCUACGUCGCUAUCUGGCACUCGCUCUACACGGUACUCCAGUCGUUCCGCAGCCGCAUCGACUCUGCCUCGAUCAAGCUACCCGACUGGCUGCGGGUCUUGGCUAUGUCGACGACUCCCCAGUGGGCCUUUGGAUUCGCGACUUGCCUGUCGCUCCUGGUCGAGCACAGUCGGAGACGGACGGAGCUGGCAAUGUAUGUGCUGUCAAAGGGAAUGGAGAGCGCUUGGAGCGUGGCACGCAAGCGCAAAUGGAUUCCCCUAGUCCCCGGCGGCGAUGUCCUCCUGACAGGCACAGCCUUGUCCCUCCUUAUGGGCACGUAUUCUCAAAACCCCAAGCACCUCUCGGGCUUUGUCCGCCGCGUCCUUUAUCAGCUCGUUGGCUCUCACUAGCCUCACACCCCUAUUCCUACAAUUCUUUGAUCUGCAGUCUCAGUUACCAUCGUCAUCGUCAUCGUCAUCGUCAUCGUCAUCGUCAUCGUCAUCGUCAUCGUCAUCGUCAUCGUCAUCGUCAUCGUCAUCGUCAUCGUCAUACUCAGUCGCAUCAGCAUCAGCAUCAGCAUCAGCAUCAGCAUGGACAGGAACAUCGAAAGAGUCACUAUACCAUCCUUUAGGUUGUUGAGCCCUCCGCUCGUCUAGCUACAUGCUCUAAUACAUCUACUCGGACC